CCCAGAAUGCAUCACGUUUUACAUAUGGCCCCCUCCGCUGACAGCAACAUAACAGUGCAGAACUUGGAUUUUCAACUCGAAUAUGAAACUAUUACUUACCGCGGUGGCAGCGAAAAACGUCCACAAAGCAGCUUUUUACAAAAGUUCCGCUUGUUAUCUGAACUCUUUGGCAAACCUGAAAGCGGAACCGCUACUGCUGGUCGGCUCAAGCCGGGCUCUGGUGCACAGACUCGGAACACAGGUGGAGGUGAGGUCGGCCUUUAUCACCGAGGAAGAGGAGGCUGAACUUCUGCGGGAGCUGGAACCUGGUUUAAAGAAGAAACGUUACGAAUUUGAUCACUGGGAUGAUGCUAUUCAUGGCUACCGAGAAACGGAACGUGUGACGUGGGGAGGAGCAUGCCAGACCAUCUUAGCCCGUGUCCGGUCUGUAGCGUUUGCGUCUGGAAGCUCACUUCUUGGGCCGGUCCACGUCCUGGAUCUGGACAAAACCGGUUAUAUCAAACCUCACGUUGACAGUGUGAAGUUCUGUGGCAGCACCAUCGCCGGAUUAAGUCUUCUCUCAGAUUGUGUCAUGCGCCUCGUCAAAGCAGAUUCCCCCAGCGAGUGGCUUGACCUGCUCCUGCCCAGGCGCUCCCUCUACAUUCUGAGGGAGCAGGCCAGAUACGACUUCACCCAUGAGAUCUUAAAAGAUGAGCAGUCUUUGUUUAAUGGACAGAGAGUGCCUCGGCAGCGACGCAUUUCGGUUAUUUGUCGGAACCUUCCGGCUUAAAAUGCACUUGAGGCGAAUUCUACCUGAGAUCCAAAGACAAUGAAAAUGGUUUUCACUGCUCGAUGUCGUCCAGUGAAGUGUGAAAAGACUUGGUUCGCAUUUGACAAGUGUAUAGUGUGAGUCCAUAUUUUCAUGGGUUCCUUCAUAAAUAAAUAUUUCAUGAAAUAUUACCCAUUA